UAACGUUUCUAUUCCAAACUUAUUCGAAUUAACUUUAACCACAUUUUUAUUAGAAAUGAAAUAUAUACACCACCCUUUGUUUGAUUUAAGAGAAUUAAUGUUAUAAUGUUGACACAAACAAUCUGUUCCGAGAGAAAAUAAAUAGUCUACGGCUUUGAAUGGGAAACACUAGCCUCAUUUUCUAAAUUACGAAGGCGGCAAGGGGAUCAAGUUUGUUUUGUCAGCAUGUUAUGAAUCUCAGUUUUGCCUAAAUAAACUUCAUAGGAUUUUCAGAGCCACUUGCUCUGGCCAUGAAUGGGUGCAGCGGAAGCACCGCCUUUUCCGGUCUUUACUGUGGACCAAUGAGACGGGCUAACGCACCAUGAUGGGAUGUCACGUAAACUGCCGUCGUGUCGGGAUUGGAAUGUAACAGAGUAACAAUCGGAACAAUUGAGCAUUUGGAAAUUGGGCACACCGAUCAUGUGGUCUCGUUUGUAUUAUUUUUGAAGUGCUUACCAAGUGUGAAAAUAAUUUCCGUUCGUUGCAUCUGUUGAAUCUGGUCUUGUUUCGAGAACCACUGUCCCAAUGAGAGGAUCUUAUACUUGCGUGCGUGAGGGUCUGCCGAGAGAAUGGAAGUAAGAGCAAUGCAGGGAUUCGUGCGGCUACAAUUCUCCACAUAAGAAGCUUCCCCUCGAUUCUUCUAUGCCUAAUGAAUAUACGUCGGGGUCAAUGGAGUGAACCACCGUCCAGGAAAGCCACCGAAACCGGCCGAAUCUAGUGCUGGACAUCUGGAUAUUAACUCUACCACUCCGAAUGCUUUAAAUCCCCUGAUCGGCAUUUUAACGAGUUUACAUCCAAAUAGUAUGAUUCCUCCGCGGUGUUCUCCCGAGACAAAGUGAGCCGAUAACUGCCGUAAGUCUUUGGUUGGAAGUCUUGUCCGACGCUUGUAAAGAGAGCUGACCUGUGAAACGGGCACAAAUAUAUUGGAGAGGGGAGAGCGAAGCAGCGAGUACCCUACCUUACCUGGUUUGUUUGUUUUCGCCGAGAUCCACUAUCUCAAAGUCACUGCGUCGUAGAAUGUUACAGUCAGAUAGAAGAGGGGGAGUGAGGAAACACAAGUAAAAUCGCCCACAUGCCCUGGAUCAAUCGCUUGAUACGGGAACGGAAUCCGAAGACGAGGGAAGAGGCGAGUUGGAAAUCCUUGCAGGCUGGAAGAUGGCGGAGCGGUGUUGUUGGAGGUGGUGAGAGCCAAACUUCGGGCUACUUAAGAUUUAUUUGUGAACAUCUCGACCCAGCAGCCAGGACACAUGCAGGCCAAAAAACGUUAUUUAAUCCUGCUUUCGGCUGGCCUAUGUCUUCUAUUGCUCUACUUUGGGGGUGUCCAAGUUCCAGCGACCAGCAGGAGCCGGCAUGAUCGCAGCCGCAGUGGAUACCGCUCCGACCAGCCAUGGCCACACUUUUCGGACCCUUUACAACCUUUCAACCCCUGGGAUCAAACGGACACCGUGGAGUACAACCUCCACAUAUCCCCACGACAAAAAAGGGACGUUAAUUCUAGCGUUUACAAGGGCAAGAAGUGUCGUAUGGAAUCCUGCUUUGAUUUAUCCCUGUGUCAAAGAAACGGAUUUAAAGUUUACGUAUAUCCACAACAGAAGGGAGAGAAAAUCUCAGAAAGUUAUCUGAACAUUUUGUCGACUAUUGAGAGUUCCAGGUUGUAUACCUCCGACCCGGGACAAGCUUGUCUGUUCGUGUUGGGCUUGGAUACACUCGACCGCGACCAGCUUUCACCGCAGUAUGUGCACAAUUUGAAAACCAAGGUCCAGAGUUUACCGCUUUGGAACAAUGGUAGGAAUCACCUUAUAUUUAACUUAUACUCGGGGACAUGGCCGGACUACACGGAAGACCUGGGUUUUGACAUUGGUCAGGCCAUGUUGGCCAAAGCGAGCAUUAGCACUGAGAACUUCAGACCCAACUUCGACGUGUCCAUCCCGCUGUUCUCCAAGGAUCACCCGAGGACCGGGGGGGAUAGGGGCUUUCUGAAAUACAACAUCAUUCCACCUUUUAGGAAGUAUAUGUUAGUGUUCAAGGGGAAGCGUUAUCUCACCGGGAUUGGGUCGGACACAAGGAAUGCCUUAUAUCACGUCCAUAAUGCCGAGGACGUGGUACUUCUCACCACCUGCAAGCACGGCAAGGAUUGGCAGAAACACAAGGACGCCCGCUGCGACAGGGACAACACCGAAUAUGACAAGUAUGACUACAAAGAAAUGCUGCACAACUCCACUUUCUGCCUGGUGCCUCGUGGACGACGCCUGGGCUCCUUUCGUUUCCUGGAGGCACUGCAGGCGGCCUGCGUCCCAGUCAUGCUGAGUAACGGCUGGGAGCUGCCCUUCUCCGAGGUCAUCGACUGGAACACGGCGGCAGUCAUCGGAGACGAGCGCCUCCUACUGCAGAUCCCAUCCACGGUGCGCUCCAUCCAUCAGGAUAAGAUCCUGUCUCUGCGCCAGCAGACUCAGCUCCUGUGGGAGGCCUACUUCUCCUCGGUGGAGAAGAUUGUGCUCACCACGCUGGAGAUCAUCCAGGACCGGGUCCUGCAGCACAUGUCCAGGAGCAGCCCGAUGUGGAACAGCCACCCCGGGGGCCUGUUCGCCCUUCCCCAGUACUCCUCUCACCUGGGGGACUUCCCCUUCUACUACGCUGGGCUCGGUGUCCGACCGCAGCCCAAGUUCACCGCUGUCAUCCAUGCUGUCACCCCGCUGGUGUCCCAGUCUCAACCCAUCCUCAAGCUGCUGGUGGCCGUGGCCAAGUCCCAGUACUGUGCCCAGAUCAUCGUUCUAUGGAACUGUGACAAGCCUCUCCCCUCUAAGCACCGCUGGCCAGCCACCUCGGUUCCUGUUGUCGUCAUCGAGGGAGAGAACAAGGUGAUGAGCAGCAGGUUCCAGCCGUACGAGACCAUCCAGACGGACGCCGUGCUGAGCCUGGACGAGGACACUGUGCUGUCCACCACAGAGGUGGAUUUUGCCUUCACCGUGUGGCAGAGCUUCCCAGAGAGGAUCGUGGGCUACCCGGCCCGCAGCCACUUCUGGGACAGCAACAAGGAGCGCUGGGGCUACACCUCCAAGUGGACGAAUGACUACUCAAUGGUCCUGACGGGGGCAGCCAUCUACCAUAGAUAUUACCACUACCUGUACACCCACUUCCUGCCGAGCAGCCUGAAGAACAUGGUGGACCAGCUGGCCAACUGUGAGGACAUCCUAAUGAACUUCCUGGUCUCAGCAGUCAGCAGGCUGCCUCCAAUCAAGGUCACCCAGAAGAAGCAGUACAAGGAGACCAUGAUGGGUCAGUCCUCCAGAGCAUCUCGCUGGGCCGACCCGGACCACUUUGCUCAGCGGCAGACCUGCAUGAACAAGUUCGCCAGCUGGUUUGGCGGCAUGCCUCUGGUGCACUCCCAAAUGAGACUGGACCCGGUGCUGUUCAAGGACCAGGUCUCCAUCCUCCGCAAGAAAUACAGGGAGAUCGAGAGGCUCUGACAAGACUGGCGCCCCCUGUCGGCCGACCGGCCGACCACAGGGGGCAUCGAAAGACUACUUUGAGAGGAGGACCACGCAGGAUCCGCUAAACCCCCUUUUUAAAGAACCAGAAAAGGGGGGCAAAUGGGGGAUCCCAGACUCUUGUCUUCCACUUAGCACAUUGCCAAUGAUGACACAAAAACAGGUGCCAGGCCAGGAGCAGUGCCUGGGGAACUUCACACACUCACCCAUGCACACACUCAGCGAGCCCUCGAGGGGAAUCCCGCCUCACACACUUCUAACCCGCAGGAGACUCUGAAUUUCUUCAAAUGUAUAUCCCCCGAAUGCAUAAACCGGACAACAAGACUUAAGCGCUCUUGCCGCAGAUGUUCAGUAUGAGGAGGGACACGCAAGGGAUGAAAUGUUCUGGUCCCCGGAAAUCUGAGGGGGAAAAGAAAUGCAAUGCAACACGCAUCCCUGAUUCCCAAUCCACCGAGCCAGGAUCGGAAACCAGGAUCAGGAUCCGAACCACAGCUUUUCCCUUAUAAUCCACAUUUUCCACAUAUCCCUCAGCAGGAUAUACCCACUUAUUUCGUUUUAUUUGGUUUUUAUUUCUUUUGGUCCUUAAUUUGGUCUCUGAUCAAAGAGUCGGUGCCAUAUUUUCGUUAUUGUUUUAGCUUGUUGUUUUAUUUUUCAUUGAACCAGUUCUAAUAUUUUUCUUUGUACUGAGAAAUAUCUUUGUCCAUUCAUUAAAAGUAAGUCAGAGGAUCACUGCUGAGUCAGGUGCAGAAAUUUGCUCGAGGCAAUUUAAAUCACAUCCAAGCCCAACUAGUUUUUUUUUUUUACAGAUAAGUUAUCAAUUUGUGAAAAUGUAUUUAACACUUACUUAAUUUUGCCUUAAAGCUACAGCUGUUUUUCCUCUCGCAGGUAUCAGUUAAAGGUGCACUAUGGAGGAUUUAGGGUGAUUUGUCAGCAGAAAUUCAUACUGUUAUGUAUUAUGUUUUCAUUAGUGUAUUAUCACCUGCUACUACGAAUCGUGGUUUUGUUAGCUUAGACUGAGCCUUUCAUGUCUACAUAGGCAGUGGAUCCUUUUCCGGGGAGUCUGCCAUGUUGCACCACCAUAUCAGGACAGUAGCCCAGAACAGACGAUCCAAAACACUGGCACUAGAGACGGCCUUUGGCAUUUUUAUGGCAACUGACGGACACCGUAGCUUUUCCUACAUGUUUAGAAAGGGAGAGAUAUUCAGUUGUUUUGGUUUCUGCAACCUCCCCCGUAGAUGCCACUUAAUCCCACAUACUGCACCUUUAACCCCUGGGGAAUUCGUUUUUCUCUCUGAAGUUGAGAAAACUGGGCAUGUCACAGCCUCCUAAAUUACUAGAGUCUAAAGGCUUUUAUUUUCCCCAAAAUACAGGCGGUCAUAAAUGUUUUUGGUUUUCUCUAACAUUUCAUUAUUUAAUUAGUAAAUGAGCAGAUGGCCAUUCUCCAUUCACAGACUGGCUUCAACAACUGAAAACCAAUUUAACUGGCCUUUUAAUUUGUCUGAUCUAACAAAAAACCCUGCCACUACAAAGCAAAAGUGUUAUGAAAGCUUCCUUUGCCACAAACAGUUUCUAUCUGUUCCUGGCACAAGAAUCAGAACUGGGUGUCCCCUACUAAAACAUUGAAUGUAGUCUUGAGGCCAUUUACCAAUCUAGAACUCUUGCUCAGUGCUCGUUUCCAUUACACUACUUUGACAACAACCUUGGUCUACAUUUCGUUCCUAUUUUGUUGGGAACGGCACAAUGAUGAUCAGCACCUUCUACGUUCUCAUCUCAGAUAUUGUCCAGUUUUCCCAUGAAAUGAAAUUCAAGAGCUAGCCAACCAUGUGAUCCAACAAGUACUUGAAUGUCUGCUAACUUGAAGGAGUGCCAUAAAUACGAGGCCUUUUUGAAUCGUGAAGGUGAAUGGACUUGUGUGCCAGCUGUGAGCCAGAGUAGCAUCAUUACGUGAGCAGUAUCCUUUCUCCACAACUUUUGUUUCAAACACUAGAAUUGGGAACAUCAUGGGUGAAGAGCUAGACAUGGCUAACUGUGUAACAACCAUAACAAAUAAACCUGACUAGCGUGUGUGUGUUAUAACUUCAUACCGUUUUAGAUUCAGGACAAAAAAAAUGAAUGUUUGAUUGCUUGGAGAACACCUUUAGAUUAUCAAAAGAUAUGCUAUUGGAAACUCUUCUGGCUGGUAACACUUGACCUGUUAGACAGAAAAAAAAAGUUCACACUACAUGAUUAACACUGAUAUUAUACUCUUUCUUUUCACACAUUAUUUCAGGCCUAGGCUGAAAAUGUAAGCAUCUAUGAUAGAAUAAACCUAUAGCGCCACCUAAUUUAAACCAGCCUGGCUUAUCAAGUCAGCUCUUCCAUAUCAGACAGCUGAUGAUACAGCUUGUACGCCCAACUUUGUUUUUCUAUCGAGAGCACAGAGACAUAAGCGUAAUGAAAUGACUAGCGGCUGCCAUUGAAGUUCAGUUGACCAUCUAGUGCAAGUGCAUAUUGAGCCUGAGCUUGGGCAGAAAUCAUCUUCAUGAUGGAAGCACCUGGCCUUACAGUGUCAUAAGCAAACCAGAGACGUUUCAUUGUACAUAACCUGUGUAUUUAUUUUUCACAACGCACCAAGAAAACCCAUCUGCAGUAACCAUGCGCAUUCUGCAUAUCUUGUGACUGGAUGGCAUCUGUAAAGUGUAAAAAAUAUUUGUUGAAAGAUGUACAUUUGUGUAUUUGUCUAUUUUUUAAUACCAGUGCUGGUGCCAAUGCCUUUUUUUUUUUUUCAUCGUUUAGUUUAUUUUCCUACAUUUGCCCAUAUCAUUUAAAAAACAAAUGAGACAUUUCUCAAAGUCCUUUGAGCUCAAUGUCACUUAUUUGUUUUUCUUUGUUUCCCAGUUCAGAGCUACCAUGGUGAUGCGACAAAGCCAUUCACAUGUAACUGAUGGUUUGAAUGCUGCUGCUCUCAGAACAAAUUCUUUUAAAAGCCACCAAAGACACUUCAGUCUGCUUUAACGUUGGGUUUUCUGUUGAAGGGGGGGGGGAUACACAUCUAAUAGACAUGUCAUGAUCUAGCUGAAUGUUUGCGUGGGUUGACUAGGUGCAACUCCCGUAGAGAGCUCUUCUCAUAGACUCCUCAAAGUAUCCAUAUUUAAAUAAAUGAUAUCGUCUUUAUCAAAGAGACCUUAAACAGUGUACCACGACCCACAGUCCUUUUCAGCAAAACAUUGCCUCUGCAAGAAGCAUACAAAGGUUUGAUCUCCGACACAUUUUAUAGGUUGAGCGUGUGCCGUGGUCUCGCUCAUAAUUAUGUCUUGACAGAAUUAGGAUUUGUGACGCCUCUGCUGGGAGGCGUUUGGGCGAUAGUAUAGCCCGCAUCGGUCAAUUCUUACCUUGUCAAACACUGGAACCCCACUGCCGUCAUAGGUGACCUCAAACAUCGAAUGUCACCUAGACUUUGGAGAUUGUGCUGAAGAUAUCCCUGACCUGCAUGACUACACAAUUAUUUAUGAGCAUUUGCAGAUUCUUUUUUUGUUUUUGUUUUUGUUUACUUGUUCCCUCCUGCACACCCUCCUCCCUGAACUCCCUGGGAAUUAACAAAUUACUUUUUUAUAGAGGUAAUAAAGGAAAUAGAAAAAUGUCAAUUUUGUAUGAAUGAUUUAUAUAUAAAUGAAAUAAAGUCAUAUUUGAUGGUGUAUGUCAA